AGCCCGCAACUGCUGCGUCUACCCGUAUCAACCGCCAACUCUAACGCUCUAUUCAGCCCGUCCGUCACGUGCUUGGCAUCCAAACAGCCUUAGGUGCCCUGAUGAUGAAGCCUCAACAAGCCCUGAGUGAGCUUCUUCACACCCCCUUCGUUCGAAGUUGGAACCGUUUCCCCGUUUCCACUUGGAGAACCUGAUUUUAUAUCAAGGGCCCAGCGCCUUGGGCAAACACAUCUCUUUCACCACAAGCCUGCAAUCAAUCUUGCUACCGACUAUACCUAUAGUCUCUACCUUCCAUCGUCGCACCCGCUGAAGCUACACAAAGUCACCAUCUCAAUCUCUCAGCACGUUGCUUGACCCCUCCACACCCUUCCCUAGGUCCCCUUACUUUUCCACUCCGUUCAUACUGUCAGGUACCUUACCUCACCUUGCUCUGCGCGAAGCACUCCCCCUGGCUUGUGCUUGACGUACAAAACGACGCUUCGCAGCAUCCAUCAGGUCCAUACCUGUAUCACAGUUAGAACAGUGCGGGAAAGUCCAACCCAGCCUUUUGCAUACCUGCCCUGUAAACUACAGCAUCGCGACCAAAGCCAACAGCAUCUCUCGCCCAUUCGCGAUCUCAUUCUACACCUCGCACCCGGUCCUGUUAAAGCACCCCGAAGUCGGUUUUUUCUUGGGCAAACUUAUUUGCCCUCUCCGCUUUAUCUAAACCGUUCCGUUGCAACCGCCACCCUGGCUCAAUCACUCGUCAUGCCGAAUACACCACCUCCAGCGCUAUUACCCCCACCAGAAGGUAUAUUUAGGACCUUUGAAGAUUUGAUGGCUUCCGUCCAGCGCGUUGCAAAGGACCAGGGCUACGGAAUUGUCAAGCUUCGGGCUUCAAACUACCGCGACGGAAAGCCUACUCGCUACGAUCUCGUUUGCGACCGCGGUGGUGUCAAGUACAACAGCACUGCCAAGAAGCGCAACCCUUCAACGCGCAAAAUUGAUUGUCCCUUUCGCGCCAAGGCUGUCUGUGAAGUUCAGCUCGGAAACCAAUGGCGUUUUGCUAUCCAAGAGGGACGUCACAACCACGAGCCACGAGCUCCCUCCGGCACGCCUGGUCAGGAGAACGCGCCGCUGGCUACAUCGAUCCGAUCCUUCACUAAUAAACUCGACCGCCUGAACCACGACAUGGCUCAGGGCCUAAUGCGCAUUGAGCAGCGUCUCGAUAACAUCGAAAAACGCAUGGACAGUCUUGAAGCCCGAGCUGGAGGCGGCUACGAGCCACGCUUCCAGGCUAUUGAACAAAGACUUCAGGGGAUGGAAGGUCCUCGAAUGGAUGGGAUGGGUAUGGACGAUGUCGAAACACGUCUUCUAGCCUCGACGGUAAUGUAGGAAACUGGCCAGAUAGGUGCGGACGCGCGGCAUCUCGCCAUGGACGAUCGCCAGUGAGUAUCAAGAUACCUACCUGGUGGAUCUAUCGGGAAACAUCAACGUCUACAACGGCGACGGAGUUCAUAUCAACAAAAGUGGUUCACAGCGAAGUGACUCGUGAAAGUCAUGCGGUCGUUGGUGGUUCUCAAGGAUUUUUGCUAAUGACAAAGUACGAACUGUUCAGGGCGUUUAGGGAAAGGAGCCUACAAAGUUGAGGGCUAUGUGAGAUUACUACUACCCUUGAUGGGGUUGCGCGCAUGGGAUUGAUUCAUUUGUUCUGUUCUUUUCGACUUAUUACCCUUCUGUCUCUAUUUCUUAGUACGAGAGGACGGCUUUCUUAUUGUGGAGAUAUAAAGUCUAGUGUGUACAUUAACAAGUCGGCAAUUAUUAGCCGCGUGAUGUUUGACAGAUUAUUAUUCACAAUCGCAUCGACCUUUGCCGACAUGUUAUUCUUUCUUCGCCGA